AUGACCUCCGAACAACCCCGCCUCCAAAUCCGCACCCAACACUGCACAUUCUGCAACCAUCUCCUUCUAGCGACGACCAGGGAUCUAAAAAUCCUCCCAACCCGAACAGGAGAAGCAAAAGAUAGAGCCAUUAUCCUUCCACUCGAAAAGAACGAAACCGAGCUCGAAGACGAAGACACAAACACAAACACAACAUUCAAAUCACAGUCUAAACAUGUUACUCUCCUUCUUUCAACGAGUAUACCUGAUCGGCGCGCGACGCUUAUUCGGCGCGAAGACGGUAUCGAGAAGAGAGUUCUUGUAAGGUGUGGACGUUGUAGGGUUGUUAUGGGGUAUUUCCUGGAUGAGGUGCAUUAUGAUGGGGCUGGGCUUCAGGUGAGAAGUGCAGGUGAGGGGGAAGGGGAGGAUGAGAAGAGGUUUCCGGCUGUUUAUGUUUUGCCUGAGGCUGUUGUGGAGACGGAUUCUAUGGGAGGAUCUGGGGGUGAUGGGAAGUGGAAGAUGUGGGCUGGAGAGUAG